GCUGUCAGGCUGUCAUGGAUGCGAGAAGGAUGGAGCUGAUGGACUCGCUGACACCAGACGGGCUCUGCCGAAAUAAGAAUGCCUUAUGCUUCCCUUGGCACUCACCGGGCAAAUUCUGUUGGCUGGAGCCAUUAGACCUCAGCGUGUCUGGGGUGUGAUCCAGGUCCGACUGCCGUCAAUGAGAGUCUGCCCUUGGAUGGCAAUGGGAAUUGGAUCAGACCUCCUCUUUACCCCCGAGACUCUGGCGUUACAACAGGGAUAAAUUCUGGCUCCCCGAGUGAAUGUCACCCCGAUGGAGAAAGAUGCAACAUCUCCAGGGUGCUUAAAGGACACAUGUUAACACCACGCAGCAAUGAGACGAUGAGCAUGAAGGCACAGCAUGACUCAUCUCAAGCCUUUGCAGCAACUCAGUGGCAGAGUGAGGACCCAAGAAUGCCAGUCCCCACCAAAACAAUCAUACCUUUACAAUGACUGAAUCUGGAAAGGAACACUUGCGAGCAGAAGCUUCAUUUCCUAUCAGGUGCACAGGGAAAUCGCCAUUGCCUGUAGAAUAGCUGAAGACAUUUGCUGCUGUUCUUGGUCAAGAUACAGUGCACUGGGGAGAGAAAAGAGAAAGGAGGUGAGAAAACCGGGCAGAAAUCUUCUUGUUUCUCAGUGGGAAAGGGGACGCAUCUCUCGUGCUCAGUGGGAGCUGACUGCUGCCAUAUCUGAAAAUCUGUCAAUUUGUUUCAUUAUCUAAUAGGCAAGAAAAUGCCCUUUUUAGUGAAGAACAGUGUCUUAGGACAACUACCUUGCAGUACUUUGGUCUGAAAAUACCAGUCUGUGUUGAGAAGAAUGGACAAGGGAAUUAAUUCCUGUAAUAUGAGCUGCAGGAAAUUACCUACAAGAUAAGGGUGACUUGAUCUUUUUGAGAAAAAGAAAAAAAAAGAGACUUCCUUAUCUUGAUGAUGUUUGCUCUGAAGUAUCAUCUUGUGAGCGCCUGAGUCUGCCUUGCGGGAUCGUUCAAUUACAGCCAGCUCCUGCGGCGGGCAUCGCUUCCUUCCCUUUGGAGCUAUCACUGCAUCUACCAGAGCAGUGCUUGCUCCCGAGGCCUCUGCUGUCCCUUUUGCGUGGUGAGCCUGCAGCCCCGAGGUGCUCUCUCAGCUCACGUGUCAGAGCAGGAUACAGCCAAUACUUCAAUUAGGCAGAGAUCUGUGAGGGACAGGAAAUCAAGCCGAUGAACCACCAAGGAGCAUGUGUGAGUGAGCACCAGACAUGUGAUGCUAUGAGCAGCAAUGAAUCCUACCCCUCUUGGAGGGUCCCAGCCCAUUCUCCUACAACACACAUCUCCUAGGGCAAACCAGCACUGCAGUUCACACCAGCUGGGCUCUGAAUGUCCUUCCAAAUGCUGUGGCUCCCCCCCAUGAGGAAGUUUUCACUAUGCAGAGUAUUUUUCUCAAUUAAAAUGAUUAUGUUAAAUAGCUGAGAGGUUCCUCAAUGUCUACUUUUUGAACUGAGCUAUGCCACAGUUGGCAGCUUUUGAGAACAGCAGACAUGAGGUUACUAAACCCAUUCAUUUCUCAAAUGCACCCACAUUUCUAAUGGCUACAGAGGUCCAUCUUUAAAGUCCUCUGAGACCCAUUGGAAUGAAGGGCACUUUGUGAAGACGCAGUAAUUAUUAUGGGAUUUAGAGGUGCGUGGCAAUGAUUCACGGAGGCAUUUCCCAGCCAGUACUCUUGGAGCCAGGUGAGCUCUUCCCUGGAAUGAGAAGCAUGCAGUGCAGCAACUGGGAGGAACAGGUUUGGCAGGACAUUUUAAGCUGUGCAGGCAGACAGCCUCUUCGGAGCCACAUCCCUGCUCUGCCUGCCUCCCAGCUGGAUGCUCCUCUCUGCCACACCGUCCCUGGAGAGCCGGAGAGGAUGGACACGCUGCGAAGGAGCCUUUCCCGCUGGAAGAGGUACCACAUUAAGGUGCACUUGGCUGAUGAGGACCUGAUGAUGCCGCUGACCGUCAAACCCAGAGACACAGUGAUGGACCUACGGGCUUACCUGGUGCGGGAGGGCGUCACUUCCUGGAAGAAGACAUUUUAUUACAACUCCAGGCAGCUUGAAGAGCAUGAGACUUUGAAAGAAGCCAAUAUCCAGAAUGGCUCAGUCCUGCUUCUUGUCAGCAACAAAAGAUAAUGCCAAAGAGCACAGCAAAAGCCAUGGGAGAUGGGGAGCGUGACAAGGGCUGAAAGGAAGCAGAUGGAAGGGAGCCUGGCCAUGGAACGGCAGCGUGGCCACGGGCGCUGGUAAGUCCUUCCCUGCACGCCAGCUCCAGGACUGUUCAAAAGCAGCUCUGCAUGUUUUAAGCACAGUGCCUAUGAAUAAUUAACCCCCAAACAACUACAAGUAACAUUUCCUCAUCAGCAAGCCUUGUGGUCCGAGCUGCCCAAGGAGAAGCGUGGGUUAGGCUGACUCAGCUCCUGGGGGCAAUGAAUCAGAGUGAAAUGCCCGUGAAAAGGUAAAUCCUGCCUGGGUGGAGAAGCAAGAAGGAGCUGAGGUGAGCUUUGCUGAGGGCCUCUGAUGGGAAUGGUUGACAUCCGAGCCUCCUUCCAACCCCUCACAGGACUCCUCAGUAAGUUGGCCUUUGUUUUCCUAUGUGCAAGUCUGAGAUAAUUUGUUGUCCCUUUUCUCCUACUCUUCGUCCACCGAAUUGUAAGUGGCUCAGGGCAGGGACUGUUUGUGCUUCUGAGCAGUUCCUACGUGGCCCUGCAUUCCAGGCUGGAAGCUCUGUCCAGCAAACAAGUGUUAAGUGCACUCAGAACAGUCCUGGUGCCUGACAGCCUUUAUAUAUCCCAAGGACAGAGGCUGGCUUGUCGCUGCUAUGGGGCUGCCUUGCCUGACGUUAAGGCCACACUGUUAUACCAAGAUGACCCUGUUUUGAGAUGGGGCUUAUAGAGCAGCAAACCUUCUUGUGCUGUUCUCCCAUCUCUGUGCCAGUGCCCCAACUCCUGAACCAGCUGACCUGACUGUACCCAGUUUGACAGAAAGGUCUCACAGAUCCAAGAUUCCUGCAAUUUUCGUGAAGAAGCAGCAGCUGGAUAGAAGGCAGAUAUUUCAGUUAAUAUCCUAUUGCAGGAUUGGUAAUUGCAUCUCUGCUCCUAUCUGGUUUGAGGUGCAGCCGGGUCAGCUGGCAUUUAGAGGGCGGCUGCUCGAUCAGUGCUGCAGGGCAGGAGGCUGCUGGGAGAGCUGCAGGCUUUGCUGGGGAGGGGAUGAGGAACCCUGGGGAUACUGGGAGCACCAAGAAGGGGAGUAAAAAUAAAAAGCAGCUGUAAUACAUAAAUCAGAUGAGUGGGUUUCACCAGUCCCCCUGCUGACAGAACAACUCACAUUUAGGUUCAAACUUAUGUUCAGGACAGAAUGAACGUUUCUUUAAGCACUACAGUACAUUCCCCAGAAAGUUUUGCUGAUUAACAACCAUGUACCGAACCUCUGAACCUGCAUUUUCUGUUGCUCAACUGAAGAACGUGCCUUUCCAGAUUGUUUUGGUGACAAGAAAAUGUUCAAUUUGAAGAAACACCAUAGAAAAUGGAGCUUCUCAUUUUCCAGGCCUUUCUUUCCCCCUUUUUCCAGUAUUUCCCCACACACUUCCUUGGACUUUGCACAGAACGAGAUUCUGGGAUAGACAGAGGUGAGCACAGCCACGGCUGAGGAGCUUCCAGUCCAAGCAGCAGAGAUGGACAAAGGGAGGGAUUUGCCUCUCCAAGGUCACCCAACGCAGUGCUGGUGGGUCAGCAUUGCUGCCUCUUCACCACGCGGCGCCUCUCCUGUCUGUCUGUCCUGCAGUAAUGAGACUUGGAGCACAGCCAGCGCUUUUCUGAGAGCCUGAAAAGUGCCUCGCGCAGCCCAGUGCAGCCAUAAGUAGUAAUUUAAACUUAACAAUAACAUUAAAGUGGAGGCAUGCCACUGAAGAUGGGACACAUUCAGCAGCACUCAGAAUCCUGAACCAAUGUCUGUCUUCUGGUAGAACGUACGGUUUGUCUCCCGAAGUCUGGGAGAUCACUGCUGGCCCUGAUAAUCGCAGCUUUGUGCUCUGCAGAAGGCAAAGUGGCCUGAGCAGAAUUCUGCCCAGUCUCUGCUCUGACAUCUCGUGCCUGCAGCUGGCGGCUUUGGUCAGUGCUGGAAGUCUUUCUGCAGCUCAGGAGAAUAUCUGGAAAGAAUAAAUUAACUGCGGUGGUGUAAGGAGCUGCUUGGAAUAAUGUUUUUUGCAGAGAUAGGCUUUGAUUGACACUUCAGAUCUGCCUGACAAUCUUUUAUUCUAAGUGCAGUUGCUGCCUUUCUUCAGAGCAAGAAAAGCUGGUUUGGUUGCUGUCCUUCAAAUGAUGGAUCUUAUCACAUGGGAAAAAGAAGAAAAAAAGCAAACCACCUGCAAACAGCCACAGGUGUGGACAAGACUGAGGACUAAAGCUGAAAGGUGUGCAAGCUCCCAUCUGCGUGCCAGCCUGGGCGUACUGCAAGGUGGAGACAUCUGCAGCUUCAUGUGCAGCACCACGGAUGGGCUUUCUUCUUGUCAGCAGCGCUUAUCUUCGGGAUCCUCCUAUUGUUGGGGCAUCACCGAGAGCGUUAUUGUUUGCUCUUUGCUGCUGCGUUCACCUCUACUCACAGCUGCAGCCAGGCCUUCCCAACCAGCUGCUUUUCCUGAGCUGCAGGACAGAAGACAAGCCCAGGCAGGGCCAUCUGCAGCAGCUGCUGUGCUCCAGCAGGGCAGCCAGGCUGAGGCACGCUGCAGUUCUGCUCCUCCCCUCUACCCGUCGCGGAUGCAUCGAGCGCUUCUGUUUACAGGGCCAUCAGUCUGGCAGCUUUCCUCAACACUAAAUUUACUUUUUGAAGUUACAUCAGUGUUGUACCCAGAGGGAAUGGAGGAACAGAUGCAGCCUGUGAAGUCUGGCUUUAAUUCACCUGCCUCAUUUAAUUUCCUGCCCUGCCUUCUAAUCAAUGAGUCUGCACUGGCAGCCCUGGGAAUACAGAGGUUUUCUCACAUACAGGAGACCUCAAUGUGGUGGAUCUCAGGGUCUCCAGCACGCUGUGUCCCAUCUCCUUUGAGGCUUUCUGUACCCCUGAAGCACCGCACACAUGUAGUGGCUGCAUCUCCUCCAUGAGGCCACUGGUGGUCCUUCACCGGGACAGCAGCAUUACAUCACCUCAGAGCUGUUUGCCUCAGAUUCUCGGGAGUGUCAGGAAACACUGCAGAAAGGGGCCGGGGCAUUUCUGCUUUGUGAGCAGGCUCCCAUUGUCCUGUUUCUUUUUUUUUUUUUCCUUGGGCUCAUGUUAAUUCCAGGCAGUGCUGCCCAGUUGCUUAAUCAGCCGGAGUCUCCAACUGGGAGAGAAGGAGAGAAGGCUGCCCUUGGGUGGCAGCACUUAUUUUGUGACGUGUCUGCUUCACCUCAUGUAUUAUAAUCUGUAUCAGAUUGCUCUUUGCUUGCUAAAAUGGACAAUUAGGAUCCAGUUGUAAUGCAAAUUGCACAGUGGAAUAAAAACCAUGGGGAACCAAAUCACAAAUAAGUAUUUAUGUCAGCCUUUGUUACUGCGUGAUGGGUCCUGCUCAGUUGCUGCUCGCUGCGA